UUAAUAGUUCCUACACGAUUGCACUUGAACAAUACAUACUCAUAUUAUUUUGUCAUGUUAAUGUUGUAGGCCUAGUUUAAUUGGAUAGAUGUAUCAAACGUCACUUUAAGUCUACGGAGGGGAUUUUAAAAUGUGAUUGAACUGAAAAAUAAUAAUAUAAAAAGUGAAUUGCAUCAUGGGAAUUUAUAUAAAAGUACUUUCAGUUUGAUCUCAGGAAGUUAGAGGAAAUUAUGCUUGCGUUAUUUGCUUACAUUUGUAACUGAAUAUACUUGAAUUCAUGGCGAAUUAAGUGAGGAAAUUAAAGGUCACAGAGACAAUGGAGGACAAAGAUGCUGACGACAAUCUCGCAGUACCUGUUGAACCAUGCGUGCCUCAUGUGGCAGAAAACUUUGACAUGGAUGAGGAGAUUUUGCUGAAAUACGCCACCACUCUAACCAACAGGCAGCGUGGGAACGAGGUCACAGUCCGACCAGCUACUUUGGAUGUUUUGUCUGUUCACCAACUGGCCGCCCAAGGAGAAGUGUCACAGGUGGUCAUACAUCUAAACAGAGAUCUCUCUCUCCUGAACAGCCAGGAUGAACGGGGUUACACUCCUCUUAUGUGGGCAGCGGCGUUUGGAGAGAAAACCACGGUGGACUUCCUCCUGGAGAAGGGGGCAGAUCCCAGAACCAUAGCUUUGGAGAGAGAGAGUGCCCUGACCCUGGCCAGCUCUGGAGGUUACGCUGACAUCGUCAAAUGUCUUCUGGAGUACGGUGUAGACGUCAAUGCUUAUGACUGGAACGGUGGUACUCCUCUGAUCUAUGCUGUAAGAGGUAACCACGUACGGUGUGUGGAAGCACUCUUGGAUAAAGGUGCAGACCUGACUAUGGAAGCAGACUCUGGGUACAGUCCCAUGGCUCUAGCUGUUGCACUGGGACACAAAAAAGUCCAGAAGGUGUUGGGUGAUCAUAUUCUGAAGAUCCUGUAAAAAGUAUCGGUACACCAAGCAAGUCAAGAUGUUCUCAGGGUCUUGGAGCUCUGUCAGACUGUAAGUGGACCAGGAGUUGACAAGGAUCAAACACGUAUUUAUUACAGUUCUGAACAGUGGUUCCGUGGUUGCGUUGCAUUCCAUAAUAAUGUAUAGUAUGUGGUAUGUGCAUAGUCAGCGCUGAACAUUCAGAGAAGAUUACAGAGAAGUUUAUACUGUUACUUCUUGUGUCCUACUCAAUUCAUUAUACAGUAUUUGACUGGUCUGAGGGCCGAGCAUUUGUUAAUUCAAGUGAAUAUGCAGCUGCAGUGUUUUAUUUUGUAAACAAAAGCACAAAUGAAUAGUAAUCAAGCAUCAAUCAAACCAUGCAUUUUUAUAUAUAUAUAUCGAUACAUUUGUCUGGGAUGGCAUGCCAUUUGCAAGGCACAAUCUCUGCUUCAUAAUCUUUCCAAAUAAAAAAAAUGUACUCAACACCAAUACAAAAUCCUGACAUUGAGUCUGUGGAAGUCCUCUUGUGUAAGAAAUAAAAAAGUUACGAUCUUAAA